GUGGAACCCAGUGCUAGGUUCUCCUGCGGACCCAAUGCUGGGUUUCGAGAGGAACCCAGAUGGAUUCCACGAGGAACCCAGACCUGGAUCUGGGUUCCUUGUGAACCCAGCACUAGGUUCCUCGUGCUGGGUUCCUUGUGAACCCAACACUGGGCUCCCGCGAAACCCAGAUCUGGGUUCCCCCGUGGAACCCAGUGCUGGGUUCUCCCGCAGACCCAAUGCUGGGUUUCGAGAAGAACCCAAACUUGGGUUCGUGAGAAACUUAGCUCUGGGUUCCUCGCUAACCCAGUGCUGGGUUCCACAAGGAACCCAAGAUGAUGAAGAUGAUUCUGAAGAAGAAGAGGAGGGUAAGGAUGAGGAGAAAGAAGAAGAGGAAGAAGAAGAUGAAAAAAUUAAAGUUAAUUAUAUUUAAUUCAUAAAUUAAUAAAGUAAAAUUCUUAAU